AUAAACCAUAGAAUAAGUAUUCUUUUUUUCCUCUGGGGGUUAUGCGUUUGUAGUGUUGUAGAGGAUUGGGUGGUUGGACGCGCACGCUCCUCCUACACCAUCAUACAUCUCCCUCACCGCCAUCACUACCACCACCAAACCAUUACAUGCUAUGUUCGAUUGCUACUACACAAUCGUGAAAGGUUUUUGAUAGUGUUAUUCCGCGUGAUGCGCUUGCGUGUGAGUGCAGUAAUGGUAGUGGUAGUGGUAGUCGUCGUGUCAUCGUCGUCGUCGACGUUAUAACAUAUUCGUAAUCGUCGGUGGGUAACGUAGUGGUGUGUGAAUGACGCGAGAGAAACACACGACGAUGAAACGUUUCUGUUAGCAUACAUCUAAAUUACAUACAUACAUAUAUCUAUAUAUAUGCAUAUACACAUAGAUACAUAGCACAUAGAUACACGAAUACGUCCUUGCGGCAAUGGGAAAAGUGGCGGCGUAUGCGCGGCUCCACGCUAGAGAAUUUUUCUCCCUCGCGGAUGGCAACCUGGAUAUCGAUUGUCAUUAUUUAUAUCGUACGUUUCCUCUUCAGUCAUCGAUUCACUUUUUACAUUUUACAUUUUUACAGUAAUGAGAGAGUUAAGUUUAGAUAGCCGUACGGUACACUAAGUUACCCACAACCUUCCCUCGAUGUGUGAUCACAGGUGUUGUUGAGGGAGUCGAGUGAAAUAGAGAAUGACGGAUAGCCAGCAGCAGUUUUGCUUGCGGUGGAACAACUUUCAGGCGAACAUCACGAGCCAGUUCGAGGCGUUGCGAGAUGAUGAAGACUUCGUCGACGUUACCUUCGCCUGCGAUGGCAGGCGACUUCAGGCUCACAAGGUCGUCCUAUCCGCUUGCAGCCCUUACUUCAAGGAGUUGUUCAAGACCAAUCCUUGCAAACAUCCGAUAAUUUUUAUGCGGGAUGUGGAAUUUGAACAUCUACAAUCACUGCUGGAGUUCAUGUACGCCGGUGAAGUAAACAUUUCACAAGCUGAAUUGCCUACUUUUCUGCGUACAGCUGAAUCUCUACAAAUCCGUGGUCUCACCGACUCUCAAAGUAGUCAGCACAACAACGAAAAGCACUUGAAGACGAAUAAUGUUCACGCAUCAAAUGGCCGUGGUCUGAUCUCACCGAGCUUGGACGAUGAGCGCAGUAAAACUCCACCACCAUCGAGCCCUCCACCAUUAAAAAGGCUGUGUAAAAGAAGUGAUUCACCUCAAAUCUCUAGUCCAAUACCUACUGUGACGCCUUGCGCUAGCAGUACACCUCUCUCACGACCGCUCAUAGAGCCGCAAGUUCAGCUUGAUUGUUAUAAGGAUAUUGAUAUUGUGGAGCCAAAAGUAGAACUACCUGAAUAUGGCAGUGAUGAUGAUUGCUCAUCAAAACAAGAAGUUAACGCGAUACCUGGUGGUUUCCUUAGUUUGGAUGGUGGUAUGGAAGUAUUACCGACAUAUCCACCAUCUUUUCAAGGAACCAGUAUGGAAGGUGGCAUGCCUGGACCUUCACAUGGGAACAAUGAGCUGAAUCAAGAGCAGCAAGCUGACCUGCGUAAACUGCACUCGCUGGACCCACGCCCCUGUCCUGUGUGCAACCGCAUGUACAGUAACUUGUCCAACCUGCGGCAGCACAUGCGCCUCAUCCACAACCCUCAGAGUGUCACAUGCCCUCUAUGUAACAAGCCCUUCAAGACCAAGCUGUACCUCAAGCGUCACCUGGUCAGUUUCCACGAACUCAGUGUGGCGGACAGGCAACGUCAGGAGGAAAUCUACCAUCAUCAGGUUAAAGUUCAGGUUCAAGGACAGGGCGGUCAAGCACAGGUUCAGGGUGGAGCUCAGGCUCAAACACAGACACAAGUUCAGGCUCAAACACAGGCUCAAAUUCAGGCUCAAACGCAAGCUCAGGUGGAUAACAAAGUGCUCUUGACCGCUUCUGCUCCGCUCUCUCGUCUUCCCGUGGAAGAUACCGGGGGGAGCGGAAGUGGUAAUGCCGUAGAACCAAAGCUGAGAGCUUACCAGGCACAGGCCGGGGAUAAUUCUUAUUCCGUAGAGGUUGCUCAAAUUGGUGAUACGAAGCAUUUUGCGAGCGGAAUAUUGCAGUUCGAUGCUUCGUAUAACUAAUGUAUAGGUUUUUAUUUAUUUUUAUUGUAUUUCCCAGUAUCAUUUUGUGAUAUAUAGAGAAGAAGCGAGAUGAAGUCAAGUUAAAAUUUAUUAUUUAGUGAACUUGUGAUUCAAUAGGAAACGUAUCUUUACAGUUGAUCGACAAGUAUAGAUAGAAAUAACGUUACGAUACAAGGCUGAUUCUGUAUUUAGGUGAUCAGAAACUAACUACUGUGCAAGAUGAGGCACGGGUGUAAUACGUAAUUCGAAAUUAUUUAAAAAAUGACGUACGGAAUUGCAAUACUAAACGAAAGUGCGUUGUCAUCGAAUGCGCAACGUUUAACCGCAUUACACUUUUAUUUCUGUGCGUAAAUGAAAAGUUUAUAUAGGUCGUAUCUUACUCGACUAUCAUCGAUACGAUUAUUAAACCGUGUACAUAGGUUUGGGAGACUAGUUUACAUAUAAUAUCCCGUGCCUAUUCAUCAUAUAAAGAUGAUGAACGUUAAUAAGGGGGAAAUGACUAAAAAAUAUGCCGUAGGUGGAGCAGCCAUCCCACCUCGUACUGAUAAUUCUGCAGCCGGAUACUUGUUGUUUUAUUUAAUGCUAUACAGUGUUAUACAGACUACAGAUAUUUA